AUGGCCAAGGACCGGGCUUGGCAGGGUGUCCGAGAUGAGGGGCUGCAGACCUGGAGCCCAGGUGCGGUCCUGCUACCCCCUCGCAGAUCAGCGCUCAGGGACCCCAACCCCGAGGGUCCGGGUUUGAUUCUGCACCUGGACGAGGUGGCUUUUGUGCAGCAGGGCCAGGGGCUGAGGGUCAGGGACAUCCUCAUCACCAGCCUGGAUGCCGCCACCACCUUCGAGGAGCUCUGUGCGGAAGUGAGAGAGAUGUGCAGCCUGCACCAGGGGCAGCCGCUCACCCUCAAGUGGGUGGACAGCGAAGGUGACCCCUGCACGGUGUCCUCCCAGAUGGAGCUGGAGGAGGCCUUCCGCCUGUCCUGUCAGCACCGGGUCGACGGGCUCAUCAUUCACGUGUUCCCGAGCAUCCCCGAGCAGCCCGGCAUGCCGUGCCCCGGAGAAGACAAAUCCAUCUACCGCCGUGGAGCCAGAAGAUGGAGGAAGCUGUACCGUGCCAACGGCCAUCUCUUCCAAGCCAAGCGCUUUAACAGGAGAGCGUACUGUGGCCAGUGCAGCGAAAGGAUAUGGGGCCUCGCGAGGCAGGGCUACAGGUGCAUCAACUGCAAACUGCUGGUCCAUAAGCGCUGCCACGUGCUCGUCCCCCUGACCUGCAAAAGGCAUAUGGAUUCUGUCAUGCCUUCCCAAGAACCCGCAGUAGACGACAAGGACGACAGCGUAGACCUUCCUUCUGAGGAGACCGAUGGUAUUCCUUACAUUUCUUCCUCCCGGAAACGUGACAGCAUCAAAGAUGAUUCCGAGGACCUCAAGCCAGUCAUCGAUGGGAUGGAUGGAAUCAAAAUUUCUCAGGGGCUGGGGCUGCAGGACUUUGACCUCAUCAGGGUCAUCGGGCGUGGGAGCUACGCCAAGGUCCUCCUGGUGCGGCUCAAGAAGAAUGACCAGAUCUAUGCCAUGAAGGUCGUGAAGAAGGAGCUGGUGCACGAUGACGAGGACAUCGACUGGGUGCAGACGGAGAAGCACGUGUUUGAGCAGGCGUCCAGCAACCCCUUCCUGGUCGGCCUGCACUCCUGCUUCCAGACGACCAGCAGGGACAUCGACUGGGUGCAGACGGAGAAGCACGUGUUUGAGCAGGCGUCCAGCAACCCCUUCCUGGUCGGCCUGCACUCCUGCUUCCAGACGACCAGCAGGUUCUACGCCGCUGAGAUCUGCAUCGCCCUCAACUUCUUGCACGAGAGGGGCAUCAUCUACCGGGACCUGAAGCUGGACAACGUCCUCCUGGACGCCGACGGCCACAUCAAGCUAACGGACUACGGCAUGUGCAAGGAAGGCCUGGGCCCCGGGGACACCACGAGCACUUUCUGCGGAACCCCGAAUUACAUCGCCCCGGAAAUCCUGCGUGGAGAGGAAUACGGGUUCAGCGUGGACUGGUGGGCGCUAGGUGUCUUGAUGUUUGAGAUGAUGGCCGGGCGCUCCCCCUUCGACAUCAUCACCGACAACCCCGACAUGAACACCGAGGACUACCUGUUCCAAGUGAUUCUGGAGAAGCCCAUCCGCAUCCCCCGGUUCCUCUCCGUCAAAGCCUCCCACGUCCUGAAGGGAUUUUUGAACAAGGACCCCAAAGAGAGGCUCGGCUGCCGGCCACAGACUGGAUUUUCCGACAUCAAGUCUCACGCUUUCUUCCGCAGCAUAGACUGGGACCUGGUAAUGUCACAGAACCCGAGUCCCCUGCCCCUGGUGUCGGGUCCCCGGGUGCGGCUCAGGCACUGCCGCGGCUACGGCCAGAUCCAGUUCCCCCCGAGACCUGGUGGCUGCAGCACCGCGUCCUCGGAAGGUGGCAUCUGCUCACUCUGGCCACUGCGUCCUUGCCGGAAUCCUGGCCUUGGGGCGUCACUGCAGCCGCUGCCCUCCGCCUGUGCCCGCAGGGACGUCAUCAAGAGGAUCGACCAGUCCGAGUUCGAAGGGUUCGAGUACAUCAACCCGCUCCUGCUGUCCACCGAGGAGUCCGUGUGAGGCGUCCGGCCGCGGCCACGUCCGAAUGACCCCCACUCUCCUUCACCGCAGCGCUUGCAUGCCAGGGAGGGACGCUGCCGCGGGCGCCUCUCGCAUCGGCCCGCAGGGCGGCUUCGCGCUGGAGGACCCUGCUUCCUGUGCCUGCGCGGCGGAGGCCCCGCGGGACGCGUCCGAGGGCGACGCGGCCCCGCGAUUUCGAAGGUGCACAUUUUCCACAGAAACAGACCCGACCCGCGCCGCCGGGAGACUCGCCUGUAAUGUCCCGAGGAAUAAAAUGUACCGAUGGUGUAGCCGCUCCCCAUGCUGCCUUUUUUCCGUGGGGGCCCCGCCAGCGGCGCGGACGAGGAGCGUGGCGCUGCGCACGGGGGGCUGGGGACGGGAGUCGAAGUGCCUGCCGUGAAGAAUUUUUACAAAAGCGGAACAUUUUCUAAGUCCCGGUAAGUUCCCGUUGUUAACCUUUAACAAGUAUUUUCCUGCCGAGCGUGCGAGUGGCCGCGUGGUCUGGGGCGGACGCCGCUCCCUUCCCGCCGGGGGCCGCGGCCCCACCGGCCCACUGGACCCACGCGAGGAAAGCGGAUCGGGCGGCGGUGAUGUGACGUGCCGCCCGCCAAAGCGCCAGGAGACCAAAAAAACAACAAACGGGAAACUGAAAACUGAAUCUGCUCAAAAUAUAUUUCUGAAAACCCUA